UUAAAUGCGGUCGUUGGGUGGAAGAGGCCACAAUCACACCACUGCACUGACGGAAUGUUUUGAAGCGGUUUUACGACAAUGCUACUCAAAAUGAAGAGUCAUUCAAUCGUCUCGAAGAUCACAUCUGACGACAGACACCAUGGUUCACGGUAAGCCAGCGUUCCUGUUCCUAGUACUCGUCUGUAUAUUGGUAAAAAGCACUGCCACACAAGUAAUCGAAGACGACGAAAACAAUGAGUUGACGCAACCAGUCUUGAAUGGCGAUAAGAAAGAGGAGGUCUUGCAUGCCUUCGAGUCCAGUCUGUUGAGUAUGUUUGGUUUGAAAAGCCGGCCGCGUCCUCGAAAGAAUCCUGUGAUACCCAAAUAUAUGAUGGAGCUAUACAUGAACCAAAUCAAGAAUCCUGAUGAUAUGAACGUUAACUUUAACGUAAGGGACAAGUCGAUUAGCACAGCAAAUACAGCACGUAGUUUUUUCCACAGAGAAAUUGGAGAAGAAUCUGAAGAGAGAAGAGAUGGUCAAUCCAAACGAUACUUUUUUGAUUUGGAGACGAUACCAGACAAUGAACUGGUGACAGGCGCUGAAAUUCGCAUAUUUUGCCAUGGAAUUAAUGCGAGUACGCCGCGAAUUGAUAGCAGUAUAGAUUAUAGUAAAAGACAACAUUCGGAAUUUCUGCAUCGAAUAAACAUCAACGAAAUAUUACAACCGGCUACCGACUACCACGAUGCGUUCAAAAGACUAAUAGACAGUAGCGUUGUGGACAUACGGAAUAGUUCUUGGGAGUCGUUUGAUAUACGGCCGGCAGUGGCUCGAUGGAUUGCCCACCCAGAGGAAAACUACGGACUCGAAGUGGAAUUAACGCAUACUAAAAAUGGGCAGGCUUCACCUCACCAAAAACAUGUCCGGCUGAGGCGGUCGGAUACCAGUAAUGCUGAAGAAUGGCAGAGCGAGCGCCCGUUACUGGUAACGUUUACUGAUGAUGGUAAAAGGCCGCAACGAUCGAAGAGGCAAUCUGAUAAACGGGCGAGAAGACGCCUUAAAUUGAAUUGCAAACGACACGAACUGUAUGUUGAUUUCAAUGAUGUUGGAUGGAAUGACUGGAUAGUGGCUCCACCGGGAUAUCAUGCUUUUUACUGUCACGGAGAAUGUCCAUUCCCCAUUGCUGAACACCUGAACUCGACCAAUCAUGCGAUAGUACAGACAUUAGUGAACUCGGUGAGUCCCGAUUCAGUGCCAAAAGCUUGCUGCGUUCCAACGGAUCUUAGUCCUAUAAGCAUGCUUUAUUUAGAUGAAUUUGAUAAAGUAGUUUUGAAAAACUAUCAAGACAUGGUGGUAGAGGGUUGUGGUUGUCGCUGAGAACACAGAGUGCAUCAUGAAUUGGACACAGGCCGCGUUGCUUAUGUGGAAUUUGAUGACCGCAGUCUCUCGUCCGCCUCCGAACAAUUACAGAUAUGUGUAUACGGCGUCAAGCGAUGAAUGCAGAGUGUAGUCAAAGGAAGACGGGGAGUCGGAGCUAUUCUUGUGCCUAAACCACAAAGAUGCCUUAAUUUUUAAGCACCUAUAUUGGUCGGACCAUUCAAGUGCCUUCACAUCAUGCGAUACAGAACUUAUUCUAAUAAGACGUUUCUAGAUGUAUAUGUUUUCAAUCCCUGUAUUAUGGUUCGAAUCAGCUUAUUUUCCGAUUUAAAGCCAUGUGUAUUUAUUACUGGACAUUACGUAUUGUUACUGUCAAAUUUCAAAAUCGAAUAUCUUUUAGUGACCACAUUUACCCGUGAUUGGGACGAAAUUGACAAAGUCUUUUGUAUUAAACUCUGACUACAAAUUAAGGUCCAACAUAACAUUUUCCUCAUAUAUGUAUAUAUUCCGUGGGCGUUAUAAACUUUCCUAGUGCCUUGCCUUUUUUUACUUUUUUUUCUGAUGGAAUCACAUUUUACACUUGCGACUCGAUAUUAUUUAGUCACAGUUGUUAUUUCAUGCGUUAAGAAGUUACACUUCACAUAAUUCUACGUCUUCAAGUGUGUAGCCAGUGAUUCCUUUUUUUUGCACAGUUUUAAAUUUUAUGAUUAAAAUAGUGUGGAUGAAAAUGACGUAAGAUAGUGUUAUACAGCCAAUGUGAAGUGUAUAUAUAUAAUCGUCUAUUAAGACGCUGUACCUGUUCAUAAGACAGUUAUACAAUAUCAAUCUUGCUUAUAGUUGCUUUGAUAAGCGUUAUUUAUUUUACUUCUGGAGUGCCAAUUAAACUUGGGAAAAUGAUCAAG